AUAACGUCGUUAGUGUACCGUUGCAGCAACCGUCAACCCGCAAUAGCGGGUGGAGAGUUCCCCGGCCCCCUUUUGUCGGUCGUAUCAUGCAACCGGAUAUCAUGGGUUUCCGCAAAUAAUUGCCCUUAUUUUUACCGGUUUUUUUUAUUUUUAAAUUAAAACGAAAAAUAGAAAUAAUGCUCGGUGCUCUGUUUCUCUCUCUUAUUAUUUAUCCAUUUUUAGCGGGAUUUUUCUCUCUCACCGACGAUUCUUCCAUGCAACUCUUUCUCUCUCAUCAAUUAAUACUUUCUUUCUCUCUCUAUUUUUUUAUUCUCAAUAAAAUAUUCAAAUCAAAUCCAUCUUUUUUAAGUAAUUGAAUUGUUUACUACAGUGAUCUUAGCAGCAGCCCCCACCUUUUGAAAUUUAAAAUUGAUUUGUUGGUUUGAAAGGUAGAUCUGCCUAUGAUCAUCUUUGGCGGCAUUUUCUACAUGUUAAAUGUUUGAUGGCUUUGAAUGAACGAAAAUAUUCAAAUAUUUUAGGGACAUUUUGUAGAGGGAUGCUUAUGAACUGGAGGUUUGGAUUUUCUGAUUGGUUUUCUCUGAAUCGGAAUAAUUUAAAUGAAGGGGAGGCUCCAAUUCAGGAAUUAAGAACCCCCUUUUUGGAGAAGCAAUCCAGUUUUUACUCAUGGCGGCUGGAGUAUGUUUUGUGCAAAGAGGAGCAUAAGUAUUCAAUGUUUGUGGCAUAGUUUUUUGAUGCGGCAAGUUGAAGAAGAGGACAUGCACGCAAAGUAUUUGAUUAAAUGCGUGUGAGAGGCGAAUGUUUUAAUUAGUGUUUAUUAAUCAAUAAAAAUAAGUGGAAUUAUGACGGUUGAGAGGUUAACUUUUGGAAGGAGGAAAGUGUUUGUGGGCAUAAGAUUGGAUGCGCAGGCUAAAGAGUUGUUGGAUUGGGCUUUGGUGAAAGUAGCUGACCCGGGCGAUAGCGUUGUCGCAAUUCAUGUUUGCCGAAAUUCUGAUUGCAUUUCUAAAGAGAAAACAAUAUUAGAUGGUUACUUGGAAGACUAUGAAGGUCUAUGCAGCAAAAAACAGGUUGCUCUUAGUGCUGAAGUCUUGAAAGGAAAUUCGAUCAGAAAAGCUCUUGUUCGAGAGGCGAAGAAGCAUAGCGCAUCAGCUGUUAUUGUGGGGAUCACUAAGCAUAGUGCUUUGGGGGGGUGGGCUUCAAUUUCUAAGUAUUGUGCUAAGAAACUACCUCCAACCACAGAAGUUAUUGCGAUUUACAACGGGAAGGUUGUUUUCAGCAGGUGUUCCAAAAUCCAUUUAGAAGGUCAUGCCUUAGAUCCAAAGCCGAGUUUUUAUAUAAACGAUAGCCUCACAUUCAAAGACAAUCAUUCCGAGUUUGGAGAAUCUGAGACCUCGGAAAUGAGCAGGUUCAGUUUUGAUACAAGAGAUGGGAACAUAAGUUCAAAAGACAACGUUGCAAGCCCUUUAGGAAAGAGCCCUUUAGGAAGACAUAGGAGAGGCUCUCUAAGUUCGAUUUCUCUUCCUGCAGAGGAUUUCACAAAGCAGAGGCCUGGUUGGCCUUUACUUCAGACAGCUAGUUCGAUAAACCAUAUAGCUCUAGAAGCAAGAAAAAUGUCAGUAGUGCAAUGGGUAAUGACCUUGCCACGUAGACCUUUGUCAGAUGUUUCUGAAUCCAACUCCCCUACAAGUGAUAAGAAUGAAGAUUCUCUUGAGAUGGAUGUAAUAGAUAAAUUAGCUAGUCGACAAAAGCUGCCAAAAGAUUUGGAACUUAUACUCGCAAGAAAUUUGGUGGGCUGCAGAAUAUUCAGCCAUGAUGUUCUGAAAAUUGCCACUUCUGAAUUCUCCUCAGGUAAUCUUAUUGGAAAGGGAGGCUGUAAUUCUGUAUACAAGGGAGUUUUCCCUGCAGGAAAACCAGUUGCAGUAAAGGUUAUGGAAUCUUCAAAAGAGGCCUGGAAGGAUUUUAUCCAGGAGGUUGAUAUAAUGACCACAUUGAAGCACAAAAGAAUUUCUCCGUUGCUCGGAAUUUGCGUAGAAGAUAAUUAUCUAAUCUCUGUUUACGAUUUCAUGUCGAAAGGAAAUCUGGAAGAGAAUCUACAUGGUAAGUUAAUUGUUGAAGAAGGUAAAAGAAAGGAAAACUCUGUAUUGUCAUGGGAAUCGAGAUUUAAAAUAGCUGUCGAAAUUGCUGAAGCAUUAAAUUACAUACACAACGAAUCCCCAAGGCCUGUGAUUCAUAGAGACAUCAAAUCCCAAAAUAUUCUCAUAUCAGAUGAAUUUGAACCGCAGUUAUGCGACUUUGGAUUGGCGAUAUGGGGACCCACAACAGCGUCAUUCGUAAUGGAUAAUGAUGUAGUAGGAACAUUUGGAUAUCUCGCUCCGGAGUAUUUUAUGUAUGGCAAAGUCAGUGACAAGAUUGAUGUAUAUGCUUUCGGUGUAGUUCUACUAGAAUUGCUAUCUGGGAGGAAGCCUAUUAUUAGUUCGGAGUCUACAAAGAGUCAAGAAAGCUUAGUCAUGUGGGCGAAACCUAGAUUAGAAAGCAAGGAUUUCAAGAGCAUACUGGAUCCAAAUUUGGAUGGAAAUAUUGACGAGGCUCAAAUGCAAAGAAUGGCUAUAGCUGCAGCAUUGUGUCUAACUCAAGCAGCUCGUUUUCGUCCCAAAAUGUGGCAGAUACUUAAUAUACUUCUUGGUGAGGAAUGUGUGGACGGAUCGAAACAAAAAUGCGGGAACUAUGAAGAUCAAGAAAAUCAAGAUGGUAAUGACGAUGAAGUGUAUCCAGAUUCAAGUGCAGAAUCACAUCUAAGUCUUGCAUUUCUUGACGUAAACGACAACUCCACUUCGUUUAGCAGCCUUGAUCAAAACAGCCCUCUUUCUUCCAUUGAAGAGUAUUUAAAGACAAGAUGGAGUAGAUCAUCAAGUUUAGAUUAGUGUCUGCAAUGUUUGUGGCUUUUCCUUAUACAUAAUUCAGCCAGCCUGCACCCUAUAUAUACUGAGGUGGUUUGCAGAUGUAAUCGAGAUUGUAUUUUUAUUUUCAUUUUUUUUAAAUUUUUGGCGAGGUGUUGUAGUUUCUUGAAAAAUAAUCCCCAAAUUAAAAGGCUAUAGGGUUCCAUUGAAAAGGGUUAUGCAGAAACUCUGUAAUCUUUUCUGCAAGAUGAAUUUAUGAUCAAUAUAACUAUUUCUCUAA